AUGACCCAGGACGACACAAACCUAGACGCCUUCAAAUCACAACACUACGACUACCUGAUCAUCGGCGGCGGCACUGCCGGCCUCGUAAUGGCCGCCCGUCUAAGCGAGAACCGCACCUUCAACAUCGGAGUCCUCGAAGCCGGCUAUGACAUCCCAGAAAACACGCCCGCAGUCAGCGUGCCCGGAAACUUCGGAGAUGGAAUCGGGACCGAAUACGACUGGAAAUUCUCCACAGCACCACAGAAACAACUCAACAAUCGAAAGCUUCCAUGGCCUCGAGGCAAAGCUCUAGGAGGAUCUAGCGCUCUAAAUUUCAUGACGUGGAAUCGACCGAGUAGAGAUGAUCUCGAUGCUUGGGAGAGAUUGGGAUGUGAAGGGUGGGGGUGGGAGGGGAUGCUUCCCUUCUACAAAAAAUCCGAGCACUUCAUCGAACCCUCUCCUCAAACCAAAGCCCGUUACAAACAGUAUUUCGACGCAAAAGUCCAUGGAAAAAACGGUCCUGUUAAGAUUUCUUUCUGUAAGGAGUACUCCGAAGCUCAUGAACUCUGGCACGAGACGAUGAAUAAUUUAGGUGUAGAGACGAAUGAGAAACCGAUGUCGGGUUCGAAUAUCGGGGCGUGGACGAGUUGUAGUGCGGUGGACCCUGAGACUGUGACUCGUGAGUAUGCGGCUUCUGCGUAUCUCAAGCCGGCGAGGGAGCGGGAGAAUUUGUCGGUGUUGGGUGGAGCGAGUGUUAGGAAGAUUGUUAUUGAGAGCGUGGAGGGGGAAUGGGUAGCUAAGGGGGUGGAGUUUGAGUAUAGUGGUUCCUAUCACACCGUUCUCGCAUCGAGAGAAGUGAUUCUGUCUGCAGGAAGUGUCAAUUCACCUCAAAUUUUAGAGCUUUCUGGAAUCGGCAACGCUGCAAUCUUGCAAAACGCUGGGAUUGAGUGUAAAGUCCAAAAUGUGAAUGUGGGCGAGAACUUGCAAGAUCAUCUCAUGACCGCAACAAUCUACGAAAUCGACCCCUCAACCCUCUCACCCGAUGACUUACGCAACGAUCCCGAAAAAGCCACAGCAGCAGGCCACGAAUACAAAACAAAGCGCAGCGGGCUUCGAACCCGACUCACCGGUUCAUUCGCCUACAUCCCCCUCUCAACCCUCGUACCCUCCGACAAAAACAUUUUAGCAUCCCUCGUCUCCCUCGCCACAAAACCUCAUUCCCAAACCCUCGCACACCGCCUCACAAACCCCUCAUCAAAACACGGCUACAUCGAAUACAUCUUCGACGUUGGGAACUGGAACCCCCUCACACCCGUCUCUCCCGGGAAAAAAUAUGCCACACUCCUACAAAUUCUACAGUACGCGUUCUCGCGCGGGAACAUUCAUAUAAAUCCUGCAGCUCCGUCCGAGCAUCCGGUGAUCGAUCCGCAGUAUUUCGAAAACGAGGGACACAUCGAUCUUGAGAUCCUGAUGCGUGGAGCGGAGUUUGGGGAGAAGAUUCUCGAGACGGAACCUCUCAAGCGUUUUGUUAGGGGUAGAGUUUUUCCGCCGAAAAAUGUGACGACAGAGGAGUGGAAGGAGUGGGUUUUGGGGAAUGUUACGACGGAUUGGCAUCCGGUGGGAACGUGUGCGAUGGGGAAGGAUGUGGGGAGUGGAGGGGUGGUGGAUUCGAGGUUGAGGGUGUUUGGUGUGAGGGGGUUGAGGGUUGUGGAUGCUAGUGUUAUGCCUUUGCAGAUUUCGGCGCAUUUACAGGCUACGGUUUAUGCGAUUGGGGAGAAGGCGGCGAGGAUGGUUCUUGAGGAUGCUGGAGCAUAG